GAGAGAGAGAGAGAGAGAGAGAGAGAGAGCCCAUCCUCCUCUCCAGAUGGUGUUUUAAACUCUGACUGAAGCUACACAGACACACAGAGCCAUUAGAGCCACUGGCUUCACACCACCGACACCGAGAGGAAGGAAAGGAGAAGCAGAAAGAGAGAGAAAAAGGAACAAAACAAAACCAAGCGAAUAAAUAAAACACGCCGGAUGGUGGGAGCUGAAGCGGUUCAGGAUGUUCAAGCUCAGCUGGUCCGGGUUAACUGAUUCGGGAUUACGCGGAUAAACCGGUUUUUAAGCCGAUACAUAAACUACAGCUUUCUGGUCUGGACGGAUUCUGAGCCGAGCUUCAUUCAAUCAAAGGACCGUUUAUUUAUUUACGCAACUGAUAUUUAUUACGCGCUUUAACGCACUUGGACUGGUGAGGAUUUGCGCCUUUUCCCCAUGUUUCUCCUUCGCAGUGACAGUGUGCAGUAAUGAAAUUCUCAGUGUUUCUUCAUCUGUCGGAGCUAAAAACACAGGACUCCACAUCAUUACAAUCUGAUCCCAAAAUUUAAAGGAGAACUUUCUGAUUUUUUUAUUAUUUUUGUUUCUCCUGCGCACUUUACGCGCAGCCGCUGGAGCAAACACCACCAUCAUCAUCAUCAUUAACAUAAACAGCCCGUGCUUUAAAAAACAUAAAGAAAAAAAAGAACAUUUCUCAAAACGUUAAGGAUCGUUAAUACCAAAGACUUCUAACUUCAAUGUGAAGACUGAAUACCUCCAUGUUUACUGGACAGAUUGGAAGCAAAGUCAGUUUUGAGUCCAAAUGAAAAAAAUCUGACUGAAAACAAGCAAAAGAAAAAACAAACAAAAAAACAAAAACAAAAAACAGAUUAAACUGCAACAAAUUUAUAGAAUUGCACACUUUUGGAGGUUAUUAUUUUUAUUUUCCAAAAAGCCAUAAGUGAAGCUGUCAGUUUGUCCUGGAAUACACUUUACAGUCUUUGACCUUCACAAAGUAGCGCUGAAACGUCGAAGGUCGGAACAAUGCCAGAUUCACCAGCCGAUGUGAAAACCCAGCCCAGGUCAACUCCGCCCACGAUGCCACCACCACCACCUGCCGUGAGCCAGGCAGCCAAUCGCAAUGCGUCAUUCACGCCUACAACCAUGCUGAACGGGAGCAGCCACUCACCAACCGCGCUUAACGGAGCUCCCUCCACCCCCAACGGCUUCAGUAACGGCCCAGCCGGUUCGUCCACAGCGGCUCUGCCCACGCAGCAGCUUCCCCCAGCGUGUGGAGCUCGACAGCUCUGCAAACUCAAACGCUUCCUUACCACACUGCAACAGUUUGGUAAUGACAUCUCACCCGAGAUAGGGGAGAGAGUGCGCAGCUUGGUGCUCGGCCUCGUGAAUUCGACUCUCACCAUAGAAGAGUUUCACUCCAAACUUCAGGAGGCCACCAACUUCCCUCUACGACCGUUCGUCAUCCCUUUUCUCAAGGCCAAUCUGCCUCUCCUGCAGAGGGAGCUGUUGCACUGUGCCCGUCUGGCCAAGCAGACCCCUGCUCAGUACCUGGCUCAGCACGAGCAGUUGCUGCUGGACGCCAAUGCCAACUCGCCACUUGACUCAUCCGAGAUCCUCCUAGAGCUCAACGAGCACGGAAAGAGGAGAACGCCCGACAGGACCAAAGAGGCAGGAAGCGAGAGGGAUGCCUUGCACACUGAGCAUAUAGCCAAGCGGCCGUGUACAGUCAGCCCAAGCCAGCGCUUCAGUCCAAGCAGCGGCAUCGCAGCCCACGGUCCUCCUAACGGCCUGCCCACUCACCCUCCCAAUGGCCUGGCCCACCCGAGUGCCCCCGGCCCACAGCAGUACCGCCUGGAGGACAUGGCCAUGGCUCACCACUACAGAGACGCCUACAGACACGGCGAGCACAGGGACUCUCGCGAACGUCACCGCCAGACAGCUGUUCAUGGAGCGCGUCAGGAGGAGGUCAUCGAUCACCGGCUCACCGACCGUGAGUGGGCUGAGGAGUGGAAGCACCUGGAUAACUUGCUGAACUGCAUUAUGGACAUGGUGGAGAAGACGAGACGCUCUCUGACCGUGCUGCGCCGCUGUCAGGAAGCCGACCGUGAGGAGAUGAACCACUGGAUCCGGCGCUACAGUGACGUGGAGGAUAUGAAGAAAGACAUUCAUCGAGACUUCCUUCAUCGACCUCCGUCCGGCUACCUACCUGAAGAGAUCUGGAGGAAGGCAGGUGCCCCCAGCAUCCCGCUCUCUCCUGCAAUAAAGCAACUGCACAACAAACAGGAGGAGGCAGUGAACGAGGUGAAAAGACAGGCCAUGUCUGAGCUGCAGAAGGCUGUGUCUGACGCAGAGAGGAAAGCUCACGAGAUGAUCUCAGCCGAACGCUCCAAGAUGGAGAGAGCAUUAGCGGAGGCCAAGAGACAAGCCUCAGAGGACGCCCUGUCCGUCAUCAACCAGCAAGAGGACUCCAGUGAGAGCUGCUGGAACUGCGGACGCAAGGCAAGCGAGACGUGCAGCGGCUGCAACACGGCGCGGUACUGCGGCUCCUUCUGCCAGCACAAAGACUGGGAGAAGCACCACCACGUGUGCGGCCAGACUCUUCAAGGGCUUCCUGGAGGUGCCAGCGUUCCUCUGGGAACUCCUUCCUCAUUGUCGUCCUCUUCUUCUUCUUCCUCAUCCUCUACCAGCGCUCCGCCCACACACUCGGACAGCACCGCCCCGGGCCCUCUGUCUCUGGUCGGGCCGGUCGGCGGUGGAGGAAGCCCCAAAGACAGCAGCUCCAGCUCCAGCAGUGUGUCGCGUUCCACCACCCCAGCCACACCUGCCCUGCUGGAUUCCUCUUCCCGCUGACCUCUGACCCCCAGUCUGGGCACGCUCACCGCUAACGCUAACGCUAACGCUGCUGCUGCACCUGCACCCAAAAGAAGAUGAGAUAUGUUCACCACGAAUCCUCGCACUUCUUCCCACCUUUACGAGUUUCUCACUUCUUCUCAACUACCUGGAGCUCUUAUUUAACCCUAGCUCUAUAUUUAUUAAAAUUUGAAAGGGUUCGAUCUACCGAGGACGUAAUCAGCCAUUUUAACCGCGUCUUAUACGAAAUAAGGCAGCAAGAAAUCUAUUUGAGCUUGGCUUUACGAAUAAUUUAAGCCCUGUAUAUACGGUCAGCUCAGUACGCAUGGAGGCAGUUCACACCUCACACACUCCGUUCUCUUCCACAGAGAGCAAUGGGACUUUUUAGAGAAGCUUGAAUAGGAGUUAGAUUCCUUUUGUUGGUCUAACAUACGCAAAUUUCUCCUCCUGUCUGGGUUUGUACGGAGGGUCAACAGACUUCCCAGACCUCCCAUCCCAGCACUCCGUUCCUCAAACCAUGAACGAUCUUCUUUCACCGGUUUGUUUUUGGCUUUAACAAGAAAAUCCAAAAAUAAUGAUGCUAAUAAUAAUAAUAAUAAUAAUAAUAAUAAUAAUAAUAAUAAUAAUAAAGAAUAGACCUGAUAACUACCUUGCUAGCGAGCCAAGAAAAACCCUACACCGGACUCACCUCUCUGUUCUGAUGCGAACCCAAAUGAAAAAAAAAAUACAUGAUCCAAACCUUUUUAAUACACUGCCAAAGUUUCACGGAGACGCACUCGUCUUAUAACCAAACGCGAACGAAGCAAAACCUCCUCAAACCCAAGUCUGGUUUCUUGUCGAGAGGCAGCAAGGAAAAAAGAAACAAAUUCAAUCCCUGCCUCAAUCCUCUCACUGUGCCCCCCCACCCACACCCACCCACCCUCUCCCUCCAUCCCAUCCCCUUACUGGCUCAGUUACCCACAAUCCCCUGCUCUAACCCCAAGGAACACGGUGAAGUGACACGCUAUCCGCCUCUGCUCAAAGCAAAAAGACAUACAGGCGGAGAGAGAGAGAGAAAGCAAGGACGAGUGGACCAAACAAGAUGCAUGGAAAUGAAUGCGCUCUUGGCCUCGAAAGAAAAUUGGCACCAAAAAAAGCCAAAAAAAAAAUAAAAAACCCACAAAACCCUCUUAAAGAACUGAAAACGUCUGUGCAAGGAUUGCACUCCAAGGACGAGCCUUUUGAAGCAAUUCUCCGUUUUUUUUUUGUUUGUUUUUUUGCAUUGUUUUUUUUUCUUUUUUCUAAAACUCUCCCAGUUUUACGGUGAGCUGUAAUUUUCACUCUCCCUCCUUUUCCAAAGCAUGAAGAGCAGACUGCUUAAAAAAAAAAAAGAAAAGAAAAGAAAAAAAACAAGAAAAAAAAAAACCUGUCUCAUAAAAAGCGGUGUGGACUUGAUUUCUCUUCGAUAUCUCUCUCUAUCCAUCUCUCUCUCUCUCUCUCUCUCUCUCUCUCUCUCUCUCUCACACUUUUCUUUUUUUUUCUCUCUACCUCCUAACUACUUUGUCCCUCUGUCUCGUUCCCCUCCGAGCGGAUAUCCGAGAAGGGAUCAAACGUGUAGAUACUGCUUCUUUCUGGUUCUCGGUGUCUUUGUCUCUGACGUCUCCUUGUGCUGUGACUUUUUAUUUUAUUGUUUUUCUUUCUUGGUCUUGUUCUCAGUUUGGGCCGGACACGUAAAGACGUUUUGAAGGGAGAAAUGUGUAGAGUAGAAACUCCUCAUGUAUUUUCUAAUCGCUCGUGUUUUGAGACAGCGAGAGGACGGAGGUGCAAUAUGAGAAGAGAAUUCAGCUACUGAACGGAACCUCAGAAACCACCCUUAGGGUACCUUAUAAUAUAAAUCUACAUAUAAAUCUAUUUAAAAUAACAACCGUAACUUAAUGUGAAUGUAUAUAGUAUUUAAAAAGUAAGAGGUCCAAAAAAAAUGUGUUUGCCAAAUAACAGAAAGUAUAAUGUCUACAAAUCAUUUCUCAGUUCUGUUCCUUUGCCAAUCAAAGCAAUUGUAAUUACUCAUUCAGACCCAUGCGGGUUUUUUUUGUUGUCCCGUCCGUUUUACUCUGUAUAUUGUGUAAUCUGUAGAUGUAGACGACAGAGAGUCCUGGCGUCCCAGGCGUCCGUGGGUCAAAAAAGGAAGGCGCUCGUGCUCGGUUUGAUCCGUACUUCAUCACCACAAUAUUUUACCGAUCGUUACCGUGGCAAUCAAAGAAACAGCUUGUAAAUUUGCUGCCUCUGGAAACAUCAGGACUUCAGCAGGUGAAACGGGGGAGGCGAAUGUCAGAGUCAGUGACUGACUCAUCACUGCUUGUACAGUUGAUUGCCAGACGUCUGAAAGAGAAGCGGCGCGAUUCGAAGGAAGCGUGCGUUCAUGAGCACCACCUUGUUAACCGUCAUGCUGAUGAUUUCAGUGUAACUGUAUAAAUGGCGCACGCUUUGUCACUGAACUAACCUCCGGCAUAGUCAUGGUCUAAAAAUCUGACACCAGACUCAAGCUAACACUUUUUUUUUGUCUCUUGUCUAUAGUGCGGUACACUGCUAUGGUGUUUUUCUCCAGAUGCAGUCUCCAGAUGCUGGAGGCCUAUAAACACAUUGAAGCAGAUUUAAGUGAGGUUUAAGUUUUUAUUAACGAUGGGUCAUAUAAGGAAAGAAAAUAUGCCCAAUAUGAGAAAAAGCCUUUAAGAUCUAAGCGAAGUCCGUCACGAUGAACGAAUUGUGGGUUUAUUAAAUGCACUCCAAACACAGGCAGAAACAUUUUGUGCACUCAGACGUCCUGUCCACAUGCCAUACCUCUAACACGGACCAAACUUGAAGGUUUCCUGCUUAGUGUUCCUAUUUAGCGCUCUUUUUGAUGUCAACUCCUUUAAUUUCAGUAUAUUCGAUACUGAAUGAUCUAUUUUCUUAUUUCUAAAUUAAUAUAUGAAGUCUGUCACCUGUUCAGUCCGUAUGUAAAGCUUUUUUCCACUUAUGUAUGAUGAAGCAGAAACUACAGAGCUACGUCUGACUCGCUCGCGUUGUCUCCCCGCUCGUUCUUCUUCGGCUUCCUCGUCAGCUACCUCCAGUCCAAGAGCGUGAGAUGUCACCUGUCUCAGAGAGCCGUGCCGCUGGCAGACAUGCAAACCCUCCUCCAUCUGACGAAGCAACGUACAUUCAGCCUGCAUAUGUUACUUUAGGGCUAGGGUUAGUAUGAACACAGCUGAAUCCACAGCUGUUUCAGUUGAGUUUUAGUUAAACAUUCAGCAUAUUAACAUGUCCCAUAGUUAUCCAAAAGAACAGACCAAAGCACCUCUGUAUGCUGGUUAAUGACAGAUUUCUGAACAUGAGCUAGAGCGAACUAAGAUCCCUGAACCAAAAACACACACUCCGAGCACAAGACAGCACACUGAACGUACAAGCUAGACAUGUGCCUAUAUUGUAUAUACUAUCAUAUACAUUGUGUAAUAUAUUAUUCCUGUAUGCACGCAGAAUAUUCAGAAAGCAUCCAGUGUAGGCGGCAUGAUAGACAGCACGGGUGACAGGUUUUUUUUAACAAAGUGGAGACUGUGGUUAUUUUAACAUAAAAGCCUUACAGUGUUGUAAAUAGGGACAAGACAUAGGCAGGUAUCGCGCCAUGAGAAUUGGGCACAUGUCUAGAAUUGGAAUCAGGCGAACGGGAACAUGCCACUCGAGCGCGUGCUGGAGACAAGACAGAGGCUUCUUAGUCAUGAUCUCGCCAUGUAAACUACUUGAAUCUUCCAGAGCUUUAAUCCGAUACCACGAGCAAAAUGAAGGCAGAGGAUACACACACACACACACACACACACACACACACACACACACACACACACACCUCUUUCACUCCUUCUCUGCGAUUUGCAUGUCUGCUCAGCUCACGAUUUAGGUCGUACGAGGCCUCUAUUGGUGUCCCAUCGUUUCUCCAACCAAAGUCAAACCAAAAAGGAAGAGCCUUCUGAUGUACUCUUCCACCGUUUGUGUGUGGGUGUGUGUGGGUGUGUGGGUGUGUGUGUGUGUGUGUGUUUUCUUGGGUGCAGUGGGAGGCACGGCUUCUCUGAACUGAUUUGCGAGGGCGUCGAGGCUGGGAGACAUCCGGGGCUAAAUCUUUCUGAUGGCGUGACCCUCGGAAAUGAAACAAAACCUAGACACAUGAGCUCUAUAGAUCUAAGACUCUGUAGACCUUAAUCUGAAACCAUGGUCAAAUUAGCAUAACAUAUAUAUUUAAAGUAAGAUAUUCGACGAGGGCUUUUUUUUCCUAUCAGUUAUUUCUUUUACUUUAAUUAUACCAUCCAUAAAAGGUAUAGGUGGUAUGUUUUUUAGGGGAAAUGCAUGUGAUCAGAAGCUCUUUGGACACUCUACAAGAGGCCCUUUAUCAGUGGCCAUCCAUAGCUCAUCCUGUUGUAAUGUAAACCUCACACACUAACGAGACUGAGAACGCUAUUGUUAGCAAAGCCGGAGCGGACACUCGAUCUCCCUAGUGCUAAAAUAGCUAGAGACUUUUUUUUGUUUAUUUUUUGUUUGUUUGUUUGUUUUUUGUAAAGAUACCUAAAGAUGAAGGUUUGGUUUGACAUGUUUAGGGAAGCGUUAUUUACUGUAUUGUGCAAUACAUUGUUACAGAAAAGAGAACGUUGUUUCUGUAGGAAAAGGUUGGUGUGAUGAACCUGUUAUCAGUCUCUAGAUGAAGUGAACUGUGCCAGGAGAAGUUUUAUUUCUUACUUGCAUGCUCUCCUCCCCAAUUUUGCUGCCCCUUCUACCCCUUUUACUGUGCGCUUCGUUGGAUAUGUGACGCUGUAAACAUUCUAAAUCAGGUUAUUGUCUGUGUUGAGAUAUGUAUCUGUGUAAUUAAAAAAGACAGCGAAAUACGAAA